CAGCCGUCGAUCUGCCCUGCAUGCCGCCGGGUUUUGUUUUGUAUUAUUUUUGUUUAAGAAUUGUGAUUUUAUGAAUAAACAAAAACCUACAUAUCCAAAGCAUGGAAUUGGCUAUUCAAAAAGAUUGUGAAGAAAUUAUAGAGAGCUUCAUUGCAAACGAAAAUCCUAGAUUUGAGUCAUUUGUCUAUCAAUGGAAGUCAACACUAUUCCAGAGUAUUUAUUCUGGACAAUCUCAGACAGUAGAAAUAAUUCAAUCUACAAAUGUUUGCAUUCACUAUGCAAAACGUGUUCUAGCUAUACCCACUAAGAGUACAUUUCACAAACUAGGAGCUCUAUUUCUGCUCUAUGCAAUUUACUUCAAACAGCCAACUGAUCGUUUUCAAAAAAUUGACAUAGACAUAAAAUCAUGGAAGAAAUUGAAAGAAUUCGUUUUCAGUCUGGACAAUUCAACAUAUGGCGAUGAUGCAAAGUGUAUAUUUUUGGAACUCGUCAAGGACAAUGCAUUCAAAUUUGUUGCAUCAGACAUUUACUUUGGAUUGGAAAACCUUUUAAAUUUAGACAAAAUUCGAAGUAAUGUUGCGAAUCUGAAUACGUCCAUACACGCCUUUCGCAAUGAUAUGAAAUCCUUGAACUCACAAAAUGGCCUAUUUUUGGGAAUACAAAAGCUUGACGAUGGCUAUAAUGAGAUGAAAGAGCUGCUCAAUCAGAAUGGCUCUUCAAAUGAAGCUAGAUAUGUUAUGCCUGCGUCGAAAGGAUUCCAAGAUCUUAAAAAAGCAGUAACAAGUCUUCAGACAUUAAUUGAUGAAAGUUAUAGUUCUUUGGUUGGGAAAAUGAAGAAGAAAAAAGAUAAGGUAAAAAAGAAAGCGAGAAUUGGCAAAAUAAAACGAAGUCGUGUUGUCUUCCAUAAAUAAAAUUAAAAAAAAAAAAAAAAAGUUCUAUUGAUAAGAUCUUGAAUAAAAGUCUGAUGUUGUAUACAUAAAAAUAAAGAACAGUGUAACGUUCUUACAAUGAUGAUGCGAUAUGUUUGAUAAUGUGAAUGUAACAAAUGUUUUUGUUGAAAUUUAGGUUACAAAAAGAAUGUUGGAUGCAUUUUUAAAAUAGAGAAGCGCUCAACAGAAUUUUAACACACAAACCUAUACACAAAGUGACCAUUUUAAAAUGAUAUUGAUACUAAGUUAUUUUCAAAAUUCUUUUUGGAUACGAAUUAAACCAAGACGAAUAUUAGUUUUAGUUUUAUUAAAUUAAUUUUAAUUACUAGUUAUUUAAGUUAUUUUUGUCUAGU